AUGACUGCACCAACCGUUUUCAAACCAACCGUCAAGGUUGCUACUGAUGUUGCUGAGUUUAGUGAAACUGAAUUGACAACUAAGUAUACUUAUCGUAAUGCUAUUGUUGAAAAAAGUGCAGAUGGUGUUUUCAACGUUGAACCGGUGACUCAAGAUUAUGAAUUCAAGGUUGAUUUAAAGUUGCCAAAAGUUGGUGUCAUGUUAGUUGGUCUUGGUGGUAACAACGGUACCACAUUCUUGGCUUCAAUCUUGGCUAAUAAGCACAAGGUUAAGUUCCAAACCAAGGAAGGUUUGAAGGAAGCUAAUUACUAUGGUUCUGUGACACAAUCUUCUACUUUGAAACUUGGUGUUGACGCUGAGGGAAAUGACGUUUAUGCUCCGUUCAAUAGUUUAGUUCCAAUGGUAUCUCCAAAUGACUUCUAUGUUUCUGGUUGGGAUAUUAAUGGUGCUGACCUUGGAACAGCAAUGGCAAGAGCUGAAGUUCUUGGUGUCGAUUUGCAAAAUAAAUUGCGUCAAGAAAUGUCCGCUCACAAACCUUUACCUUCUAUCUACUAUCCAGAUUUUAUCGCUGCUAACCAAGAUGAACGUGCAGACAACUGUUUCAAUAGGGAUGGUAAGGCUGGACCUGUGUCUGUAAAGGACAAAUGGAGUCACGUUGAACACAUCCGUAACGACAUUCGUCAAUUCAAGGAAAAUAAUGGUUUGGACAAAGUCUUGGUGUUAUGGACAGCUAACACUGAACGUUAUGCUGACAUCGUGACUGGUGUUAACGAUACUGCUGAAAACUUGAUCAAUGCUAUCAGGAGUGAUCAUGCAGAAAUUGCUCCAUCCACUGUCUUUGCUGUCGCAUCUAUCUUGGAAAACGUUCCAUACAUCAAUGGUUCCCCACAGAACACUUUCGUCCCAGGUGUCAUUGAUUUAGCUGAAAAGGAAGGCGCUUUCAUCGCUGGUGAUGAUUUCAAGAGUGGUCAAACCAAGAUGAAGUCUGUCUUGGCCCAAUUCUUGGUUGAUGCUGGUAUCAGACCAGUUUCUAUCGCUUCCUACAACCAUUUGGGUAACAACGAUGGUUACAAUUUGAGUUCUCCACAACAAUUCAAAUCUAAAGAAAUCUCCAAGGCGAGUGUGGUCGAUGAUAUCAUUGAAUCCAACCAAAUUCUCUACAAUGACAAACUGGGUAACAAGAUCGACCACUGUAUCGUUAUCAAAUAUAUGCCAGCGGUCGGUGACUCUAAGGUUGCCAUGGAUGAAUAUUACAGUGAAUUGAUGCUUGGUGGUCAUAACAGAAUCUCCAUCCACAACGUCUGUGAGGAUUCUUUGUUGGCUACUCCAUUGAUCAUUGACUUGUUAGUCAUGGCUGAAUUCUGUUCCAGAAUCAAGUACAAGAAGAUUAAUGACCUUUCAGGAGGUUACCACAGUUUCUACCCUGUCUUGACUAUGUUGAGUUACUGGUUGAAGGCACCAUUGACUAGACCAGGUUUCAAGGCUAUUAAUGGCUUGAAUAAACAACGUGCUGCUUUGGAAAACUUCUUGAGAUUGUUAAUCGGUUUGCCAGCAUUGGACGAGUUGAGAUUCGAAGAAAGAUUGGUUUAA